AUGCAAUAUGUACAAAUGCCAUAUCCCGAUUGGGAAUUUGGACGGGAACGUUUUUAUUCUCAUCAUUUAUCGUCAAAUGCGAGUAGUUUAACAGAUAGUAACGGUGGCAGUUCUAUGUAUGGUAGUGCAGCUAGUUACCAGUAUGAUAUAUUGCCUACAUCAGUAGCAAGUAACGGAUCAGUAUCUGUUGAACCGAUAUAUGAAGUCUAUUACGCUAAAAAGAAAAAAAGAGGCAAUAAUCAAGUUGCUGAAGACAAUGGCUUACAUAAGAAAGAAAAACGUAACUUGAAUGAUGGAUACGACGAUGAAAACCAUGAUUAUAUUGUACGUGCAGGAGAAGUUUGGUUAGAACGUUACGCCAUUGAUUGUCUUAUUGGAAAAGGAAGUUUUGGACAAGUUGUCAAAGCAUUUGAUCAUAUUGAUCAAGAGUUUGUUGCCAUUAAAAUAAUUAAAAAUAAGCGACCAUUUCUAUCGCAAGCUCAAAUCGAAGUACGACUACUAGAGUUAAUGAACCAACAUGAUGUAGAUAAUAAUGGUUAUAUUGUUAAAUUGAAGCGCCAUUUUAAUUUCCGUAACCAUUUAUGUCUUGUAUUUGAAUUGUUAUCUUAUAAUUUAUACGAUUUAUUACGUAAUACAAAUUUUCGUGGUGUAUCAUUGAAUUUAACACGAAAAUUUGCUUUACAACUUUUAUCCGCGUUAUUAUUUUUAUCACAACCAGAACUGAGUGUACUCCAUUGUGAUUUGAAACCAGAAAAUAUUUUAUUAGUUAAUCCAAAACGUAGUGCUAUCAAAAUUGUCGAUUUUGGAAGUUCAUGUCAGUUAGGACAACGCCUCUAUCAAUAUAUCCAAAGUCGAUUUUAUCGAUCUCCCGAAGUUCUUCUGGGUAUCCCAUACGAUAUGGCGAUCGACAUGUGGUCGCUGGGCUGCAUCCUUGUGGAAAUGCAUACAGGAGAACCAUUAUUUAGUGGAACAAAUGAAUUCGAUCAAAUCAUGAAAAUUGUUGAAGUCCUGGGAAUGCCACCAAAUAAUAUUCUGGAACAAGGAACGAAAACAAAACGAUUUUUCGACCGUUUGCCAGAUAAUACGUGGGUGGCAAAACGAAGUAAAGAGAGAAGAUAUCGGACACCAGGCGCGAAAAAGCUCCAUGAUAUUCUUGGAGUGGAUUUGGGUGGGCCGGGUGGACGGCGAACGGGUGAACCGAAUCACAGCACACAAGAUUAUGUUAAAUUUAAAGAUUUAGUACAACAAAUGUUAGAAUAUGAUCCAAAACGACGAAUUACACCAUUUAUUGCCUUACAGCAUAGUUUUUUUAAACGUACAUAUGAAGAAGGUAAUUAUACACCAUCAGCAGGCGGAAGUGCAAAUAAUAUUCUGGGUAAUGGUGGAAAUAGUGGAACAAAUAACAACAAUAACAAUGGCUCACCGAAUCUUGAUCCAACACUUCGCUAUCGUCAAGAAUCUUAUCGUCAUGUAAUAGAAACAGUACCAUCAACAACAACAUCUUCUAAUUCUCAACAACAAUUACAGCCACGUUCAAAUCAGUAUCCGCCGAAUUUAUGGCAACAACCCGAACAAACACAACAAGUUUUUCUUUUAAAUUCUGCAUCAUCAGGUGCAUCAAGCGGAAUGCAACGAUCGUUUCCGAGUCUGCCUCCCUCAUCAACGAAUAAUAUGAGUAAUGGACCAAAUACAUUUGUUCAAACUCCGCAAACGUAUCCAACCGAUAUUUUACGUUCAUAUACACAAUCAUCUUCAGUAGUUCAGCAACAACAUCAAAAUUCUCAUUUACUACCAUCUAUCGGUGGUUUAAAUUUAAUCGGUGGUAAUAAUAAUAAUAAUAAAAUACCGAAUAAUGACGAUACAAAUAAUUUUCACCAUCUUGAAUCGCAGCAAGAACUUUCACUUCCAUCACAAUUCACCUCGCCAUCAUAUUAUUCUUCGCGUUUAAAUCAUCCAUCUACGACUCCACCACAGCCAUCAUCCGCAACGAGUUUUAUAACACAAAAUUUUCCCCCGAUUAAUCCACUAGCAGCCGCUUUCGCCUAUUCGACAGCUGCAUUUCAUCCAUCAUCAACACAUCAUUUACAUCAUUCAUUAUAUUCAGAUGAGCCGACAAUGUUAAUACAAAAUCCAAGUUUGACUUGA